AUGAACCCAGAAUUCUCAGGGAUUCUUAAUCAAUUCUUCGGAACUGUUUAUAUUCCUACCGAAGAAGAAAAUACGUUGAAGGUCAAAUAUGCCGGGAUAGAAAAUUUAAAUGCGGAAAAAAGCCAGCACAGAGACUCCGGGGCAGCAGGUGGUGGACAGUCACUCGUGUCUCCAGGAUCCUGUCUUGAAGAAUUCCGAACCCGACCCUUCAUCGAAUGUCGUGGCCUUGGAACUUGCAACUACUUUGCAACUGCCGUUUCCUACUGGCUCGCAACUAUAAAAGACUACGAACAGUUCAGAAAACCUCUUCAGCAAACUCUGAAGGCUGAUCACACAUCAAGAGUCAGUCGUUGUGCAGUUUGUCAACGUCGCCGUGUUAGCGAAGAGUACGAAGGGAGAUUGAAACCUCUCAGAGAAAAUCGCUAUCCACAAAGUAUACAUCCUGGUCGAGAAAAUGAGGAGGAAAGAACUAUUAUAAGAGCACCACCAGCACGUACUCGAAAUCCAAAUCUGGAUUGGCAGCGGUAUCCAAGACCUGGACAGCAAAGGUCUACAUACCGAAGACCUAAUCAAUAUAAUCAAUAUCCAAAGAGAGGUCGCGAUCGCACUGGUUCAAAUUAUACAUGAUAGAAUCAUCUAGAACAAACCGCGGGCCGGAUUCGCGACGGUGAAAAGUAUCUCAGUUUGUAUUUAGAUUUGCCUCUCUUCUGGCAGUCGGUUCAUGGUGAUAUCAUGAAAUUGUUUGGGACUGAAAUAUUUUUUUAAAGGCAAAAUAUUAGAAACGUAUUUCUUGUUUUUCUCAACAUCAAAAUUUCAUGAACUUGAACUUGAACUUAGACCGGAACUUUAAAAUUUAAAAAUCAUCUUACAUUUUGAAUACCCUGAAAAAAAUUGAAACAGAAAUAUGAAAUGAUGAG